AUGGUCAAUGUUGUUUUAGGUUCCCAAUGGGGGGACGAAGGUAAAGGUAAGCUAGUCGAUUUGUUAGUUGGGAAGUAUGAUAUUGUUGCUCGUUCAGCAGGUGGUAAUAAUGCAGGUCAUACCAUCGUUGUGGAUGGAGUUAAAUAUGACUUCCAUAUGCUGCCUUCCGGUUUGGUAAAUCCAAAUUGUCAGAAUUUAAUCGGUAAUGGUGUUGUUAUCCACAUUCCUUCUUUCUUUGAGGAAUUAGAAAAUUUGGAGAAGAAAGGGCUCAAAAAUGCUAGAUCUAGAUUGUUUAUUUCCUCUAGAGCUCAUUUAGUGUUCGAUUUUCAUCAAAGAACUGACAAAUUAAGAGAACUUGAAUUAUCUGGUGCUUCGAAGGACGGUAAGAAUAUUGGUACUACCGGGAAAGGUAUUGGCCCAACCUAUUCUACUAAGGCUUCUAGAUCUGGUAUCAGAGUUCAUCAUUUGGUAAAUGAUGACCCUAAUGCUUGGGAAGUCUUUGAAACAAGAUACAGAAGAUUACUCGAAACAAGACAAAAACGUUACGGUCCAUUUGAAUAUGAUGCUGACGAAGAAUUGCGCCGUUACAAAGUUUACAAAGAGCAAUUGAAACCUUUUGUCGUUGAUUCAAUUCCUUUCCUUCAUAACGCUAUUAAGUUAAACAAAAAAAUCCUAGUUGAAGGUGCUAAUGCAUUGAUGUUAGAUAUUGAUUUUGGUACUUACCCUUAUGUUACCAGUUCUAAUACCGGCAUUGGAGGCGUUAUUACUGGUCUUGGUUUACCUCCACGCACCAUCGAAAAAAUUUUUGGUGUUGUUAAGGCUUACACUACAAGAGUUGGUGAGGGCCCAUUCCCUACUGAGCAAUUGAAUGAGUAUGGUGACAUGCUACAAACUAUUGGUGCUGAAUAUGGUGUUACAACAGGCCGUAAGCGUCGUUGCGGAUGGUUGGACUUAGUCGUUCUGAAGUAUUCUACUCUAAUCAACGGUUUUACUUCUUUGAACAUCACUAAACUUGAUGUUUUGGAUACUUUCAAGGAAAUCAAAAUUGCUGUAUCUUACUCGUAUAAGGGUAAGAAACUAGAAUCCUUCCCAGAAGACUUGUUAAUCUUGGCCAAUGUAGAUGUCGAAUAUGUUACUUUACCUGGAUGGGAACAAGACAUCACAAAAAUCACUGAAUAUGAAGACUUACCAGAGAACGCUAAGAAAUACUUGAAAUUCAUUGAGGAUUUCUUAGAGGUGCCUAUCGAAUGGGUUGGUACUGGUCCAUCCAGAGAUUCUAUGUUGCAUAAAGACGUCCAAGUUUGA